AUGGCUACCCUCAAUGAUCUGGUUGAUGGGUUCAGGCCAGUGACGCCAGAAUCUAUGAUCGCAGUGGGAACAGUGUUGCCUUUGUUAGCUUCUACGGCAGUAGCUCUCCGAUUCUUCAUUAAACACAGGAGAAAAGCUGAAUUGGGACUGGAUGAUUGGUCUAUUCUUGUAGCUCUAUUAUUAUGCAUUGGCCUGGGUGCAAUGAUGAUUGCAGGCUCGGCAGUUCAUGCAUUGGGUCAGCCAACUCCAUUCGGAGAAGGACCUAUGGGUUUUCUUCAUGUUAUCAACGAUGCAAUUAUCACCACAGAAAAGAUUAAAUAUGCAUUCAACAUUAUGCAAGCACUUGCAUUUGGCACAAUAAAGCUAUCAGUCCUCUUAUUUUACCGACGAAUAUUCAGAGGAAGGUCUUUUAAUAUCACCUCGUGGAUCAUGAUAGGUGUCACUAUCUGCUGGACUUUAGGAUUUUUGUUUACGUACAUUUUUGAGUGCAGGACAAAGUUCUGGGCUUUUUGGUCUACCCUUGACGACUUAUUGACGCAUUGCCUCAAUGAUGUGUUUUUCCAGAAAGUGCUGGCAAUAACAGAUGUGGUCACGGAUGUUCUCAUUCUAUCGAUACCCAUCCCAUGCAUCUGGAAGCUACAGCUCAAUACUGAACGAAAGCUGGGAAUAUGUGGAAUCUUUCUUCUGGGUUCUUUGGUAGUGGCAUUCGGCAUAGUGCGCUUAGUCUUCUUCGAGCAGCGUCUCACCAACGGAUUCUCGUCUUCGCAAGGAAUUUUGUUAAUGUCAACGUGGAUGUAUUGGAGCAUGAUAGAGAUGGGAAUGGCAAUCGUCGCUGCCUGCCUGCCUUCACUUCGCCCGCUUUUCGGUGGCAUGGGAUCCGUGCGCAGCUUUUCGAAGGCAAUUCGAAGUCUCUUUAGUGUCAGAUCACUUUCGUCUGAACCUUCCAUGCCUGGAAAUCAGAAGUCGGCAAGAAUAUUGUCUGUUGUCGACAACAAUUCCAACUCCUCCGAAGCGGAAUUUGUCGUCCCAACGAAAGUCCCUCUUGGUGGGGCUGGGGAGACUUUUGCGAUGAGAGAUCUAGAGUCACAGGAACAUAUUCAACCUGGUCAGAUCACAGUAAAGAAGAACGUGUUUCAAAGUUAUUCGAAAUAA